ACUGAGGUCUCGGUUAAGGCAAAGAGACGUUGAUGCUCACCCAGGCGCUCAGCACUCCAACCAGCUGACGCAGUACAGCAGACAUUUUCUGCUCAGCGUUCCUCUCGGAGUUCUGGUUGUUUAGACGGGCAGGCUGGAGGGAGGCCUUGGUUCCAGUCUGCUGAGGAGGAUUUCUUCCAGGAAGUCUCACCAGCGAAACAACCAGCGUCUUCAGCCACAAGAGGCCAAUGACAUGGGGGGCAGUGGAGAUGACAGCGGGCCCGGGAGGCUGAGCCGCAGAUUGUCCCGCCUGGGCAGCAGGCAUCAGUCCCGGGAUCCUCCGAGACCUCCGGCUCAGCCGGAGAGACUUCCUGCUCCGCCUGACAGACCUGUUCAACAAGAUGACAGGCCAUCUCCACCAGCCGCUGCUGCUCCUCCACCUCCUGCUCCAGCUCCGACUCUUGCUCCUUUCCACCCUCCAAUGGAGAUGCCACCUAAACGUCCAGACAAAGCGACAAAGCCAAAACUUCCCCCUCGUCCACUGUCAAAGGUGUUCAGCAGCACUGAACAUGGAGCAGCUGUGUUGCAUGGCUUUGAUGCUUUUCGGGCAGACGAGACUCUCUGUGAUGUCGUUUUGGUUCCUGGAGACAGCAAGGACAUGUUCCCGGUCCACCGAGUCAUCAUGGCUUCAUCCAGUGACUAUUUCAAGGCAAUGUUCACAGGAGGCAUGAGGGAGCAGGAGAUGAGAGAGAUCAAGCUGCAUGGGGUCACUAAGUCGGGUUUAAAGAAUAUUAUCGACUUCAUCUACACAUCCAAAGUCAGCCUGGACAUGGGUAAUCUGCAGGACACGCUGGAGGCUGCCAACUUCUUGCAGGUCAUGCCGGUCCUGAGCUUCUGUAAUCAGCUUCUGAGCAGCGAGAUCACGAUUGAUAACUGUGUGGAGGUGGAGCGCAUCGCCACAGACCUGCUGCUGGAGGACGUUCAGACGAAUAUAGGUGAGUUUGUGAGCCAGAACCUCUCGGCAUUGGUGGGGUGCGGCCGUUACCUCCAGCUCUCUGAAACCACCAUGGCCAAUGCUCUAUCCAACAACUCCCUGAAGGGUUUCUCUGAGAUGGAGCUCUACCACAUCGCCCGAGGAUGGCUGGACCAUGAAUCCCCUAGCCGACGCUCCUCCGUCUACGCCUUGAUGCGACACAUUCGCUUCCCUCUCAUGAGCCCCAGUGAGCUGAUCCAGAUCUCGCAGGACGAUGAGGAGGGGGGAGACUCCAUGAUGCGCUCCGAAACGGCCUGUGUGAACCUGCUGCUGGAGGCCAGCAACUACCAGAUGAUGCCCUUCAUGCAGCCAGCUCUGCAGACGGAGCGGACACAGAUACGCUCAGACGACACCCACAUCCUGGCCCUGGGCGGCGUGAUGCGGCAGCAGCUGGUGGUGAGCCGCGAGCUGAGGCUGUAUGCUGAAGCCACGGGGCACUGGAAGGCCCUGAAGCCCAUGGAGGUGCCGCGCUACCAGCAUGGCAUGGCUCUUCUGGGCGGAUUCCUCUUUAUUGUUGGAGGUCAGAGCACUUACGACACAAAGGGGAAGACGGCCAUAGACACGGCCUACCGAUACGACCCACGCUUUGACAAGUGGCUUCAGAUAGCUUCGCUCAACGAGAAGAGGACUUUUUUCCACCUGAGCGCGCUGAAAGGGAAUCUGUUCGCAGUCGGAGGAAGAAAUGCAUCAGGAGAGAUCGACACAGUGGAGUGCUAUAACCUGAAGAAAAACGAAUGGACGUUUGUGGCCAACAUGGUGGAGCCUCACUACGGACACGCUGGGACAGUUCACCAGGACCUCAUGUACAUCUCAGGUGGGAUCACCCGUGACACCUUCCAGAAGGAGCUCUGGUGUUACGAUCCCGCCACCGACACGUGGAGCCGCAGAGCCGACAUGAUGGAGCUGCGCGGCCUGCACUGCAUGUGCACUGUCGGGGACAGACUCUACGUCAUGGGUGGGAACCACUUCCGGGGCAGCAGCGACUACGACGACGUCCUGGGCUGCGAGUACUACAGCCCGGAGACGGACCAGUGGACGGUGGUGGCGGCGAUGCCUCGGGGCCAGAGUGACGUGGGGGUGACAGUGUUCAAUGGGCAGGUCUAUGUGGUGGGAGGGUACUCCUGGAACAGCAGGUGCAUGGUCGAUAUCGUGCAGCGGUAUGACCCGGAGCAGGACGUGUGGGACAGGGUGUUCAAUGUGCUGGAGCCCCUGGGGGGGAUUCGUGCCUGCACCAUGACAGUUCACCUGCCGGAGGGAUCAGUGGACGAGGCGCAGAUACAGGAGUGUCCGCUGCCCACAGCGAAGAGCUGAACGUGCACCGCAGACUGGGGGGUUUCCAACUCAACAGGCCAGACGAGAAUCACCUGCAUGCAGCGGUGAAACGAGGGCAGAACAGGAAACAGUGUGGGCUGCAAACACAAGCUUCAUGCAAACAUAUCUAGCUGUUUCGAUUAGCAUUCAGCAGCUCAAAAUUCACCUCUAUCACAUUUCACUAUCUUCAGUGGCAUUUCCUGUCCUGGCAGCCCUGCAGCAUCACACCAUCUGCUGCUCGUGUCCUUACACUCUGCAGCUUCAGAAUGUAAAAGGAAACAUUUGACGCAUCUUCAGUGAAAGAGCCAGCCCAUUUCCUGUUGCUGUUUCACAAAAGUGAUUGAAAGCCAUAAAAACUGACCUCAGAAAUAAAUUAAAUAUACAGUGGAAACGGCUUACAGGGAUCAAAAAGCUCAGCACAGAAUAAUUCCUAUACAAAGCUGUUUGAGUAUAUAUACUUAUUUUUCAUGACAAAAUAUGGGAAAUAAAGCAAUUAAAAGUAUGGGAUUUUUUUAUAUUACUCACUUAUUACUCACUUGCAUGCACAUUUGAAUUAAGAAGGGAUAAAGAAAGUAAUUUCGUUACAAAGAAAAACAACCACAGACUACCAUGGCAUGACAGUCUAGCUGGCAUCAAAAAUUAAACAAAAAUCAGUCUGUUUCAUAAUGAAUGAGUGUGUAACAAGCCACAAAGGCUCACUUGUGUUGUUCAUCUUUUUUUUAAUGGUCAUGGAGGUCUGUGACGCAGAGUCCUGAAAUGACAACAAAGACGAUAAUGUCUAAAUUAGGAUUGGGAAUUUCCUUUUGUUACAUAAGCUGAAGUAACAGAGAAAGAGACUGUUCUGCCACAAAACAUGACUCCAUGUGCAGCUUAUUAGGACAUAUAUUUACAUUUUUAGUUAACGAAGAAACUACGUUAACUAAUUAAAGUACAAAGCUAAGUCCACUUAAGGAGGGUGGGAGGGGUGUAGAGAUAAAAACAAGCACAGGACUUGAUGAAGACCAAUGUUCUUGUCCCCUGUGAAACCAAAAAUAAACAGUAAGAUUUGAGGUCACGUUACUUCCAUGCAUUGAGUUCUUACGUUCCCAACUUUCGUCAGUUACAUGCAUUUAUUUUACUUUUUCACUGUUUUUUAUAGCACCUACCCAUGUAAAUUUUUUGCCCUUAAACUGCAACCAUUUGACUCCUGCAAGCUGUUAGGGCGCCCAUUUUUGUAAGCUCCUGUGGGUCGUAUUUCUUUAGGGUCAGAAUAAAAAAACCUGUAUGUUUUGGAGGACGUGUGGAACAGAAAUGUACAAAAAUGUACGUUACCGAGUGUGAAAAUAAAGGGGGAAGAGAAGAAACUGAGUAUAAAGAACAGCAAAGUCCAGUUAAGGAGGGCAGGAGGGGUCGUGUACGGAUAAAACAAGUAAAGGACUGCAUGUGCAACUAAAAGUAAACAAUACGAUUUGAAGUAGCAUUAGUUCGGUGCAUUGCGAUCUUAUGUCACCAACUUCCUGCAGUUGCCUCCAUUUAUUUGACUUUUUUUAAUAGAACUUUUAUAGCAGCUAACCAUGUACUCUUUUGCCAUAAAACUGCAAUGAUUUGACAAGUGAACAAUUUUUUUAAAACAGCAAAGGUUACAUUUAUUUAUGAGUUGUUGUUUUUUGGGUAGGAGCAAAAAUGUCAUAUUUUUGGAGGACUUGUGAUUUGUAUAUUUAUGUUUAUGCAGUGUUUUAAGAUGAAAAUAAACUGUUGAUUAUGA